CCCCCGGUGCGGGGCGGAGCAGGCGGCGAGCGCCGAACCCGGAGCGCAGCGGCGGAGCCCGGGCCGAGCCGGGACCAUGAGCGCCCCGACUCGCUCCCUCUCCUCAAACCACCUCCUACCCCGCGCGCCCCGAUCCCAGCCCCCGUUGUCUGUUCUGCCUCCCCCUCUCCGAGCCCCAGCGCCCCCGAACCCAGCUUACGAUUCCGCGGUCCUUUCCCCAAGCCCUUGACCUGCCGCCCCCUUUGGGUGCCUCUCCUAACCCCCGCCGCCUCCUGCUUCUCCGCCUCCAGCUCCGCACCUCGCCAGCCUCGCUUGCCUCCAUUCGCAUCCCCGCCCCUCCAGCCCGCUCCCUCCGGGCCCCCACAUUCCUGCCGUCUGAUUCCUGCCUGAACCGGAGCUCCCAGGAUCCCCCUUCCCCGGCAGUUCCGAUCCCGCUGAUCUCCAGGAUAUGUUCCGAUUUAAGGUGAAACCAUGAAGAGAAGAUAGAACAAAUAAUAAUGCUUUUCCGAAAUCGCUUCUUGCUGCUGCUGGCCCUGGCUGCACUGCUGGCCUUUGUGAGCCUCAGCCUGCAGUUCUUCCACCUGAUCCCGGUGUCGGUAGCUAAGAAUGGAGUGAAUGGCAAGAGUCGAAAGAGAAUCAUGCCCGACCCGGUGACGGAGCCCCCUGUGAUGGACCCUGUUUACGAAGCUCUUCUGUACUGCAACAUUCCAAGUGUGGCCGAGCGCAGCAUGGAAGGUCAUGCUCCGCAUCAUUUUAAGCUGGUCUCCGUGCACGUGUUCAUCCGACACGGAGACAGGUACCCACUGUAUGUCAUUCCCAAAACCAAGCGCCCAGAAAUUGACUGCACUCUGGUGGCUAACAGGAAACCGUAUCACCCCAAACUGGAGGCUUUCGUUAGUCACAUGGCCAAAGGAUCUGGAGCUUCUCUCGAAAGCCCCUUGCACUCACUGCCUCUUUACCCCAGUCACCCGCUGUGUGAGAUGGGAGAGCUCACGCAGACAGGGGUCGUGCAGCAUCUGCAGAAUGGCCAGCUGCUGAGGGACAUCUAUUUGAAGAAACACAAACUCCUGCCUGGUGACUGGUCCACAGACCAGCUUUACUUAGAGACCACUGGCAAAAGCCGGACGCUGCAGAGUGGGCUGGCCUUGCUUUAUGGCUUCCUCCCAGAUUUUGACUGGAAGAAGAUUUAUUUCAGGCACCAGCCUAGCGCUCUGUUCUGCUCUGGGAACUGCUAUUGCCCUGUAAGAAACCAGUACCUGGAAAAGGAGCAGCGGCGGCAGUACCUGUUACGUCUGAAGAACAGCCAGCUGGAGAAGACCUACGGGGAGAUGGCCAGGAUCGUGGACAUCCCUACCAAGCAGCUCCGCGCUGCCAACCCCAUAGAUUCCAUGCUCUGCCACUUCUGCCACAACGUCAGCUUCCCCUGCACCAAGAACGGCUGCAUUGACAUGGAGCACUUCAAGGUGAUCAAGAUGCAUCAGAUAGAGGACGAGAGGGAGAGGCAGGAGAAGAAACUGUACCUCGGGUACGCGCUCCUGGGCGCCCACCCCAUCCUGAACCAAACUGUGGGCCGCAUGCAGCGUGCUGCCGAGGGCAGGAGGGAGGAGCUCUUUGCUCUCUACUCUGCUCACGACGUCACCCUGUCCCCAGUUCUCAGUGCCUUGGGCCUUACAGAAGCCAGAUUCCCAAGGUUUGCAGCCAGGUUGAUCUUUGAGCUCUGGCAAGACAGAGAGAAGCCCAGUGAGCACGCUGUCCGGAUUCUCUACAACGGUGUUGACGUCACAUUCCACACCUCAUUCUGCCAGGACCACCACAAGCGGUCUCCCAAGCCCAUGUGCCCCCUUGAAAACUUAGUCCGCUUUGUCAAAAGGGACAUGUUUGUGGCCCUGGGCGGCACUACUAAUUAUUAUGAUGCCUGUCACAGGGAAGGAGUCUAAAAGGUACGCAGUGAAGCACUCACAGAAUCUAUGCCAAUAAGGAGGGGUGGGAAAAGUCUGCUUUUAGUUCUCUCCAUUGCUAAGGGCACGGGAUGAUUUUUAAAGACUGGAAAUCCAUGCUUGGGGGGCCACAGAGGUGGUUUGGGUUGAACAGCGACUAUGCUAUUAUAAUUGGGUACAUGAGUUCCUUGGUACACAAUGGCCAGUUCAGAGAGAAAGGAAGGUACUUUAUCAUAGCCAGACUUUGCUUACGAUGCCAGAAUAAUACUCUAAUACCCAAAGUUGCCAAUCCCAAUGUGUAUUCUUUUGAUCUGCCUUAGUACUGUAUGAUGGAACCAGCAAACCUCAGCUGAAAGUUUCUUGAUCUGGGACAGUCUUACCUUGUCCUUGUUCAGUGAAAAUAUUCCUGAAGUGAUAUAUCGAAAAUAACAGUGAGAAGACUUGUUCUGUAAAGGUCCAGAGAGUAAAUAUUAUCGACUUUGUGGACCAAAAGGCCACAUGCAGGGUCUGUCACAGCUACUUGACUCUCUUCUUAUAACGUGAAAGCAGCCACAGACAACAUGUGAAUGCAUAAGCGUGGCUGUGUCCACAGGCUGCACAAAACAGGCAGUGGGCCGGGUGAGGUGCGAGGCCUCUUGUUUGCUGACCCCAGUCUCAAAAACAGGCUCUACUACAAUUGCACUUUCAGCACUUUGAGAGGGAACCAGUUGAAUACCAAGAAUUAUUCAGUGGUGCCUCCAGUAAUUUCUGCUAGAAACACAGAAUCUGGUCUGUAUCUGAUAUUAUGUCAGAACUUGAGGGGAAACAAACAUUCGAUCAGAAUGAAUCACAGAAAAACUUAGAAUAAUACUUGAUGUUCAUGAUGAUUGUGGUAUAAGAUAGUUUCGAGUAUCUUAAAUAUGUGUCUGCUGUAGUCUACUUGCUGUAUAUGCUGAAAUUUUUGUAUUCCACUUAGUAUUUUUAUAGUCUAGGAAAGUAUUUUCUAAGACCAGUUUUAGAUGUGCUCUUAAUCCCCAUGUAAUAUUCAAUUUACUCUCUCUGCUUGGUGGUUAGGAGGGAGCCAGAAGCUGAAUUCAGGCACUUUCUUCCAAUAAAAUGAAUUAUGGCUCAUUCCUUUUGAGAAGCUGUAGAAUUGGAUUGAUUUUUAAACCAUUUUUGUCAGUUUCAAAUGGUAAAUUGGAAUUGAUUUUUAAAUAAGUUUUUGGAAGAACUUUGUUACUAGAUAGUAAAAUAAUCUUUAUAAGGUAUUUUAUACAGUAGAAGCAAUUAUAAUUAAAUCUGUGAUUUCUGACUAAAAUGGUGCUAGCUCUGUGUGAAGGAACUUAAAAGUGCAAGUGAGAUUCUCCAGUGUCAUUGGCAUUCCAACCUUCUCUCUGUUUUUGUCCAGUGUUGCAUUUGUUGCAUAUGAAUCUGCUUCUAUUAAUAAAUUUUUGAGGAAUACUUGCACACAAA